AUGUCUUCAGGCGCAGGGCGAGAGCCCGUCUUCCCCACCCGCCAGGCCUUGGGCCAAAUGAAUAGCAAGCUGAAGGGCGCGCAGACAGGUCACAGUUUGCUGAAGAGAAAGAGUGAAGCUCUGACAAAGCGAUUCCGAGAGAUUUUGAAACGAAUCGACGAGGCGAAAAGAAAAAUGGGUAGAGUCAUGCAAAUCGCUGCAUUCUCUCUGGCCGAAGUGUCAUACGCUGUGGGCGGAGACAUAGGCUACCAAAUCCAAGAAUCGGUCAAGACGGCACGGUUCCGAAUCAUGACCAAGCAAGAGAACGUGUCCGGUGUAAACCUGCCUCAAUUCGAAGGCUACACAAAGGACGAAAUCAAUGACUUUGGCUUGACUGGUUUGGGCAAGGGAGGUCAACAGGUCCAACGGUGUCGAGAAACAUAUACCAGAGCCGUCGAAACACUGGUUGAACUUGCGAGCUUGCAAACUGCCUUCAUCAUUUUGGACGAAGUUAUCAAGGUCGUGAACAGGAGAGUCAACGCCAUCGAACAUGUCAUCAUUCCACGAACCGAAAACACCAUCAAAUAUAUCAACUCCGAACUCGACGAACUCGAUCGUGAGGAAUUCUACAGAUUGAAGAAAGUCUCAGGCAAGAAACAAAGAGAUCAAGCCGCCGCAGACGCCGAGAUGAAGAAACAAAGGGAAAAGGCAAAAGCUGGAGGAGGCAAGGAAAACAACAUGGAGCCACAAGACGUGCUCGGUGAACAUGAGGACGACGAUGUUAUCUUUUAA